AUGAAUAAUAUUACCACUUUCGAGCUUCCCAAGUGGAUUGCAUCCCAAUCAGGGAAUGUCUCUCUGGUACUGGCCGGCAGUGCGACUCCAGCUCUGUCCAUCCAGGACAUAAUCCAGCUGUCCUCGGACAAGCAAACAACUGCCAGCAACCUAUCCGUAGAGUCGAUGAAACUGACUCUGGGUCCGAGUAACGGAAGUGAGAAUCUUCGCCGGCAAAUCGCUGGGUUGUACGAUGAUCAAGUCGCUGCAAAGCACAUCAUAGCUACGAAUGGAGCAUCAGGUGCCAACGCGCUCAUAUUUCAAAGCUUGCUUGGGCCUGAAGAUCAUGUCAUCGCGAUGUAUCCUUCAUACACACCUCUUCUGGCAAUUCCGAAAGCGAAAGUCGGCGAGAAUAUCUCAUAUUGGUCUCUCGACGUGAAGAACCAAGGCCAGGGGGAUCUCCAGCAAUUGAAAGACAUGAUCAAGCCAGCCACGAAAAUGAUUGUCCUCAACAACCCGAACAACCCCCUCGGAACCAUCCUGAACGUCGAAACCCAGCAUGCAAUUGUGGCUCUGGCCCGAGAACACGGGCUAAUCAUUGUUGUAGAUGAAAUCUUCCGCCCAUUAUUCCAUACCUCGACAAGCCCGCCAUCCUUCGUAGAGCUUUCCGACGAGAAUGACAAGAUCAUUGUGACCAGCUCCGUGAGCAAGUCUUGGGGCCUGUCUGGUACCCGAGUUGGCUGGCUCGCCACAAAAAAUCCCCAAAUUCUCUCUCAAUGCCUCAAUAUGUGUCUUUACACGAUCAUGGCGAUUGGCUCAAUUGAUGAUGCCAUUGCUGCAGAGGCAUUGAGUGACCGAUGCCGCCCUCAAAUCCUAGCAAAGCAUCUCGAAAUGGCACAAAAGAACCUCGCCAUUUUGGAAGCCUUUGUCAACAAGCAUGAGAGUGUUUCGUGGAUUAAGCCGAGCUCGGGGGCGACAGCUUUUGUGCGGUUUUCUUCCAAUGGUGUCCCCGUCGACGAUCUUGAGUUCUGUCAUCAACUGAAAGCACAGAAGGGCGUUCUCCUAGCUCCUGGCAGUCUUUGCUUUGGCUUGCCAGCUGCUCAGGAUUUCCGUGGAUUUGUUCGCAUGCAUAUCACAGGCCCGCCGGAGAGAUUGCAGGCUGGACUGGAUGCCAUCAGUGAAUUCUUGAGCUGA